GCGCGGCGUAAUAAAACACGUUUUGCAAUAUAUCAAUUUACACUGAGCUUCGUUUAUUAUUUGGUUAUCUGCAAAUCUCGAAUUUUUUGUUCAAAAAGUUUAAUCUACUAAUCUUAUCGACAUAUCCUUAGAUGAAGAUCGGGCCAUUUUGAUAUAAAAGUGUUGGUUUCAUAACAAUACUUCAAAUUCUAUCCGUAACGUACUAAAAACAUGAAGCAACCAUCUCGUAUCACAAUUCUUAAUCUUACUGUACUUCACUGUAUUAUCACAGUCAACGUUGUCAAUUCUCAUGCUAUUUACCGUGAAGCACCACAGACAGAUGCUAAUGAGGUUUGCAAAUUCGCCAUCCCUCCACUUGGAUUGGCCUGCAAAUCCUGCUCAGAGGUAGUCAGAUGCGGCUGUGAGAGCCCUGGUAUUAACUGCAGAAUACAUUUGGUAGGAACGUGCUCGGCUGGAACAGUUUGCGAAAAGGGAAGAUGCGUGAUGGGUAGCACGCCUAUCCCCACCGAAGUACCGGCGUUUGAAUGUUCCUCCAGUGGAAUUUUUCCCGAUCCUUACGACUGCGAAUCGUAUCACUUCUGCUUACCGCCAAAGGUUGUGGGAGAACCAUUGGAACAUAGGGCUGCUAAAUGCACUGCGGAUGGAUCGCAGCAUUAUGGUUAUAAUCCGAUUACAACGUUCUGUAGUACCAAAUUGGUCAAUAACAAGUGCACAGCCAAUCCGAUUCCAUUUUGUAAAAAACCGUUAGACAUAGGAAUGGUUGGAAAAAACCCGAGAUUGUAUUAUAUGUGCGUAAACGCAACGAUAGAGGGUAAAAUAACAAAAAUCUUGUAUCCUUACCAAUUUGCUUGCGAAUUUGGGACAAAGUUCAAUGUUGCAGUAGGAGAAUGUAAAUAAGU